AUGUUCGUCGUCCUCCCUCCUCCCCCGACCAUCCUCGACCCUCAAACAAACUCCGUUCCACCGAACGAACGCCCAAUUGCCAUUCUCACCUGCCCCCGCCCCUCCCCUCCCCUCCCCUUUCAUAACAUCGCCGCCCCUCCCCGCCAGCCCCGCGGCCCUCCUCCUACCGAGCCCGCCCAGCCCCCGCUGACUGGACCGAGAAAGCGACGAGUACGGCAACUAGAAAUUCGAAAUUCGGUUGAGAACUCACCCCACCGAACCAACCACAGUAGGUCCAGGCCCCCAGAAGUGGCUGGAAGUAAGUAUAACUGA